GGGAUAAUCUAAAAAACAGUUCGACAGUUUCAACGAAUUUUCGAAGUAUGACGUCACACCUGAAGGUGGACGGCUGCUCAUCCCGCUGCACCACGCCCUCCGACCGGCCCGACCCUCAGAUGGUGUCAGUCCGGGUCGGCUGCCUCCACGUCAACCCGGCCACCAAACGAGGCCGGCGAACACUACUAGUCCACAUGCUGAUCCUGUGCUUCGUGCCGCACGCCGCCCUGGUGGCACAGAACUGCACCAUCAUGGCGCAACUGUCCCACACUUUGGACUCCUCGCUGUUUUUGCACUCAAAAGCUAGUAUGACUCUGUCUCUAGAGAACACAGUCGAGGCCAUCCAGGAAGAAAGAGUCACUGUGGCGAAAUAUCUGUUCCUAAAGUCACGGGACUCGAUGGAGAAAGAGGAUGUGGUGGAUUUGUCAGCAGUCCAAGCGGCUUUUCUGGAGACAGAUCAGCUUCUGGAAAAGCUGACGCUACCUCUACUCCGGGAUGAACACAAACUGUCACUUUAUCACUUUAGAGAAGACGUCACAACUUUUCUUGAUCUCAAGAAAGCUGACAGUUUGAAGCGCAUGUCUGUUUAUGGGGAGUUUAACAGGACCAUCCUACUGUACAUUAUCCGUUACGUCAGGUUUACCACUUCAGCGCUGUGGCGACACUUGUCAACGUCCUACGAACUCCUGAAGUCCAUGGAGGAGGUGUCUCUUGCCCUGGUGGCGGCCAUCUUCCUCAGCAACGAAGUCUUCGACGAGGACCUGAACACCCACCUCCAGAAGCACCAUCAGCUGGCCUUGGAGCGCCUACAGGCUGCAGUUCAGUAUUUAGAGGCAGAUGAGCUGUUUGAUGAAGCGAAGACCCUCAUGGAAAUCAUAGUUUUCUACGAGGAAUCCGCGCGGGCGAUGAGUAACCCCAAGCUCACUCGCUCGCAGAGAGGGAUCGACCUCAACGUGUACACGCACCAGUCCAACGCUUGCUUGAACAAGCUGAGGCACGUCAAGCAUGCUUACUGGGACAUCAUCAGGGAUUCAGUGAGGGUAGAGAUGUGGCACGCUCGGCGAACGCUCGCGAUCGGCGUGACGAUCCUCGUGACGGUACUCCUGGCUUCUCCUGUGCUGGUGCUGAUGCUGCGGCACACUGUCCACACGAUACAGACAUUCACGCAAUCAAUAGAGAUCAGCUCGCAGAAGCUAAUGGCAGAGAAGCAGAAGAGUGACCUGCUUCUGUCCCGAAUGCUGCCGCUGCCGGUGCUUCGGAGACUGCGUGCGCAACGGACGGUACCAGCAGAGUCCUUCGAUGCUGUCACCAUCUUCUUCAGCGAUAUCGUGGGGUUCACCACCAUAUCUGCUAACAGCACGCCCAUGGAGGUCAUUAAUAUGCUCAACAUGUUAUAUAGAUUGUUCGAUGAGAAAAUAAUGGAAUACAACGUGUACAAGGUGGAAACCAUCGGAGAUGCCUACAUGGUGGUGUCAGGACUGCCCCAGAGAAAUGAUAACCGUCACGCCUCAGAGAUAGCUGACAUGUCUCUAUCCCUGAUGCGGAGUCUGGAGGGGGCCAACGUGCCCCACAGGCCAGAGGAUCCCCUCAGGAUCCGGGCGGGGGUCAAUACUGGCCCCUGCGUCGCGGGGGUCGUGGGCACCACCAUGCCGAGGUACUGCCUGUUUGGAGACACCAUCAACACUGCCAGUCGGAUGGAAAGCACUGGAGAACCAAUGAAAAUCCACAUAUCCCAGUCGACUAAAAAGGCCCUGGACGAAAUUGGAAACUACGAGGUAGAGUCUCGAGGUCUUAUAGAUAUACCGGGCAAAGGCACCAUGGAAACGUUCUGGUUGGUCAACAAAAUAGGCGGCAUCCAAUCUCAGACGCUGUGCAGCCGGCGGCUUAACGACUAUGACGCGAACCUCCUGGAGUUACUUAUUAGGCCAUGAUUUUAAUUUAUUCAUAGUUAUGCUUUAUCUAUGUAUCCUGUAUUAUAAACAGGAAUUGUAAAACCGAUUGGUAUAGGACUUUAGAGGCGAUAUUUGCACAAUAGAACGGGACUAUGGGAAUAAUUCCCACCUCUCAUUCCCACCGCUGCAACUCCUGUGAAGUAAGGAUCUACUUUGCCCAAUACCUCUAGUAUAUCGGGUAUUAGGAUAUCGGAUGUCGGAUUGCAAGGGUAGUUUGAUCCCCGACAGCUGGACUACAUUAUGGUGAACCCAUUGGUAGACCAUUAGAUUAGAAAUUGUGUGCACCACAAAUUACUAAAAGCAAAAUACUAUCUAAUACAUAAAAAAAUAUAUCGCCUCGUCAACUUUGGGUCCACAAACUUGAGAUGUGACGUGUUUCAGUCAGUAUUAAUAAUAAUAUUUGAAACUUUGUCGUUAUUAAGAUCAAUUUACCGUGAUCGUGAAACAAGGUAGAGUAUGAAAUAAAGUUUAGUAUAAAAGGAAGUGAUUGAAAAAGCAAGCGUAAUUUGUGCACGUAAGUGAUUGAAGAAGCCUAAGGCUGGGUUGCAACAUCUUACUUUGACUUUCACAAACGUCAAAAAUCUGUCAAACUCCAUACAAAAAGCACCGGUUAGUGUUAAAGUUACGGUCAAAGUAAGUUGGUGCAACUCAGCCUUAGUUAAAAAUCAGUUGCACAGACUAUGGCAUAUCAAUCUAGUAGAGUAAGAGCUAGUGAACGCCAGACCUACGUCAUUUUAUAAAAGCUGAAAGUUUG